AUGAAUGAUGUGACUGUUGAUGUGUGUGUUCUGAUUGCUGGCUGUAAUCUCACUGCUCAGUGUUGUGAGAGUUUGUCAUCAGCUCUACAAUCCUCAAACUGUGUCCUGAGAGAUCUGGAUCUGAGUAACAAUGACCUGCAGGACUCUGGUGUAAAGAUUAUUUCUCAUGGACUGACAAAUCCAAACUUUCAGCUGCAGAUACUGAGACUUGCUGGCUGUAAUUUCACUGCUCAGUGUUGUGAGAGUUUGUCAUCAGCUCUACAAUCCUCAAACUGUGUCCUGAGAGAACUGGAUCUGAGUAACAAUCACCUGCAGGACUCUGGUGUGAAGUUUAUUUCUCAUGGACUGAAGAAUCCAAACUUUCAGCUGCAGAUACUGAGUCUUGCUGGCUGUAAUCUCACUGCUCAGUGUUGUGAGAGUUUGUCAUCAGCUCUACAAUCCUCAAACUGUGUCCUGAGAGAACUGGAUCUGAGUAACAAUGACCUGCAGGACUCUGGUGUAAAGUUUAUUUCUGAUGAACUGAAGAGUCCAAACUGUCAGCUGCAGAUACUGAGUCUUGCUGGCUGUAAUCUCACUGCUCAGUGUUGUGAGAGUUUGUCAUCAGCUCUACAAUCCUCAAACUGUGUUCUGAGAGAACUGGAUCUGAGUAACAAUGACCUGCAGGACUCAGGUGUAAAGUUUAUUUCUCAUGGACUGAAGAAUCCAAACUGUCAGCUGCAGAUACUGAGGUUGUCUGGCUGUAUGGUGACAGAGGAAGGCUGUGGUUAUUUGUCUUCAGCUCUGAGUUCAAACCCCUCACACCUGAGAGAGCUGGAUCUGAGCUACAAUCACCCAGGACAAUCAGGAGUGCAGCUGCUCAAACACAAACUGGAGGAUCCAAACUAUAAACUGCAGAUACUCAAUGUGGAUCAUGGAGGAGAGAACAUGAUGACAGCAGGACUACGAAAGUAUGCCUGUGAUCUCACACUGGAUCCAAACACAGCAAACACUCGACUCAUUCUGUCUGAUGACAACAGGAAGAUCACAGGUGUGGAAGAUCAUCAGCCGUAUCGUGAUCGUCCAGAGAGAUUUGAUGUCCUCCUUCAGGUUCUGUGUGUUGAGAGUCUGACUGAACGCUGUUACUGGGAGACUGAAUUGAGUGGAUAUAAGGCUGAUAUAUCAGUGUCAUAUAAAGGAAUCAACAGGAAAGGAGGUUGGACUGACUGUUGGUUUGGAUUAAAUGUUAAAUCCUGGAGUCUGAACUGCUCUGAUAACAGAUUCACUGUUUGUCACAACAAUAACAAAACUGAAAUACCUGCUGUCCAUUCUCACUCUCAUAGAGUAGGAGUGUAUGUGGAUGUGUCGGCCGGCUCUCUGUCCUUCUACAGCGUCUCUGACACACACACACUCACACACUUACACACAUUCAACACCACAUUCACUGAACCCCUCUGUGCUGGAUUCAGGGUUGAUUAUGGUUCCUCAGUGUCUCUGUGUGAUAUUAAACGAUAGAGAGACUCUCUGUAAAUCCUCUUUCUGAUGUUCACAUGCACACAAACUCAACAAAUCUCACAUCAUUACAUUUGUAUUCAUUCAUUUUUAAUUAUUUUUCCAUUGUCAUUAGUUAAUAAUCCAGAUCAGAAACACAUACUGUUCUGAAUCUUUCAUAAACAGAGUAACGGCUAUAACAAGGCUUGCAAACACUGGUAUUCUACCAUCCCCUAUACAGCUUGAGAAC